CUCAAAACUCGUUAAUGUCGAGUUCUGCGUCGGCACCGCUGAGCCAGGCUGAGUCGGCAACUCGGACGACGCCGACAAUGUCGUCGACUGCUGCGUCCAACGACGUUAUUCCGGACGAGCUGCGGUCGACGUGGCCGCAGCGCGCGUGGACGCUGGCCGGCUCGGCAGCCAUCCUCGCCUCCUUCCUCACGACAGCGCGCCUCGUCGGGGCCUCCGGCUCCGCCGGCGCCGACCUGCUCGCCGCGGCGAUGGCGGCCUUCGCCGGCUACUCCCUUGCCGACCUCGCCACGGGGGUGUACCACUGGUUCAUCGACAACUACGGCGGCGCGGGUACACCCAUCCUCGGCGCGCAGAUCGUCGCGUUCCAGGACCACCACCUCCACCCCUCCGCCAUCACGCGCCUGGAGCCCUGCAACAACCUGCAUGUGGUCGCCGGCGCGGUGGCGGUCGCGCUGCCGGCCGUGGGCGCCGCGCUCUCCGCCGCGCGCGCCCAUGCGGCGGCGCACGCGUGCGCCUGCGCGUUCGCGGCGUGCGUCGUGCUGAGCGUGCAGUUCCACGCGUGGGCGCACGAGAGGCGGCCGUCGAGGCUGCCGCCCGGCGUCGCGGCGCUGCAGGCCGCCGGCGUGCUCGUGUCGCGGCCGCAGCACGCCGAGCACCACCGCCCGCCGUACAACACCAACUACUGCACCGUCAGCGGCAUGUGGAACCGGGUGCUCGACGGAUGCAAGGUGUUCGAGGCCCUGGAGAAGGUGAUCUACCUUGCUACAGGUGUCAAGCCGCGGUCGUGGCGUGGGGAUGAAGAUGUGAAAUAAUGGGCAGAAUUCAGUAGAGGUGACGAUGGCUUGCUAAUGAUGAUGCUGAUGAGCAUAUGCCACACAAGGGACCAAAGGCCAUACAACCCAAGAAUUCGUAAGUAAUGAUUCAUGUAUCAA